AUGACAAAGACGGCAGAGCUAUGGCCUGAAAAGAACGCGAGAGGAUACAAGCUAUUAGAGCAGCCGUAUGGGACAAUGAGAACAAUGCGUGUAAUAUUCAUCGGCGCUGGUGCAUCAGGAAUUUGCUUUUCCAAGUUCGCGGAGGACACGCUGACCAAUACAACGGUUCAAAUCUAUGAGAAGAAUGCUGAUAUUGGUGGAACAUGGUUAGAGAACCGUUACCCUGGCUGUGCUUGCGACAUCCCAUCAGUGAGCUAUCAGUUCACCUGGGCCCGCAACCCCAAGUGGUCAAAAUACUAUUCUGGUUCAGCCGAGAUCUGGCAGUACCUGAACGACAUUGUGGAGAAAUAUGGGUUGAAGUCGUAUAUGAAGUUUAACCAUACUGUGGUCAGCGCCACCUGGAAUAACGAUGAUGGUCUGUGGAACGUUCGCAUCCGAGACUCAGAAGGUGUUGACAUUCUAGACACAUGCGACGUGCUUAUCAAUGGGAGUGGCCAUUUAAAGCAAGUCAAACUCGGCUGGAUUCCCCGUUCUUGUAACUGGCAGUGGCCGGACAUCAAGGGUCUUCAUUCUUUUAAGGGAAUACUACAGCACAGUGCUCAUUAUGAUGAAGGCCUUGAUCUAAAUGAUAAACGUGUUGCCGUUAUUGGGAUGGGAAGUAGCGGAAUACAAAUCACUUCAGACCUUGGGCCAAAAGUCAAGAAACUCUAUACCUGGAUACGCUCACCCACAUGGGUGACUGCUGGGUUCGCCCAAAAAUAUGCUGGACCUACCGGAGGGAAUUUCGAAUAUUCGGCGAAACAGAAGAAAAUGCUCGAAGAAAACCCUGAGCUAAGCCUCAAAUACUCCAAGAUGGUAGAGGCAGAACUCAACAAGAGAUUCCAUUUCAUGAUCAAAGGCACACCGGAAGCUACCCAAGUCAGACAGUACGCGGUCGAAGAAAUGACACGGCGGCUAUCUGAAAGAGAAGACUUGAUCGAGGCUAUGAUCCCGAAGACAUUUGGGGUGGGUUGUCGGCGACCCACGCCUGGGGAGGGUUUUCUUGAGGCGUUGACGAAGAAUCACGUUACCGUCUUCACACAGCAGUUAUUAGAGGUUGACGAGACCGGGUUUGUGGACAGCCACGGAGUGCAUCACGAUGUCGAUGCGAUCAUCUGUGCUACUGGGUAUGAGCCACUUUUGUUCCAAAUAUUUCCCAUCGUUGCCAACGGCCACAACGUUCAGGACUUGUGGGCUCAAAAAAUCACGUCCUACCUUUCCAUAGGUGUUCCGCAUAUGCCUAAUUAUUUCACCAUCAGCGGGCCAUACGGGCCUCACGGCCUCGGCUCGUUCCUUUCUGUCCUGGAAGUCAUCGUCGAGAAUUUUAUCAAGGUCAUCAAGAAAAUGCAACAAGAGAACAUUAAGUCGUUGACGCCGAAGUUACACCUCGCUGAAGCAUUAACAGAGCACGCUGAACUAUUUCUGGCCAGGACGGCAUGGUCAAGCGGUUGUACAAGCUGGUUUAAACAGGGCCGGGCUGAUGGACAGCUUUGUAUGUUUCCGGCAUCACGUCUUGUUUUUAUGGAGAUCAUGAAGGAGCCACGGUUUGAGGACUACGACAUCGAGUAUAGGAGUAUGAAUCCAUGGGCCUUCUUUGGCAACGGCUUUAGCACUCGUCAGUUUGAUGGGCGCGACCUAUCCUAUUACCUCGGCAUGCUGCAGGAGGGGGAUAUAGAGCGAAACUUGGAAGGCGAUCUACAAGAAUUUCUGGCCGCGGCGGAUGCUUAG